GCUGUGUCACACGGCGCGAGGCGAGUAUCUCCCGCUGACACUACACUAUACACGGAUUACGGAUAAACGUGUGUGUAUGUGUGUGUGUUUUCUUCUUCGUCUAUUCUCGCUCUCUGUCUCAAUGAGUGAGUGAUACGCGCUUUUUCGUCGUUGGAUUUUGGAUACUUUUGAUACUAUCAUUCUUCGGCAACAAAUAGACCAAUAGUUCUAGAUAUAUAUUUAGAUCUCCUGAUUAAUUGUUAGAUAUUUAGAUCAAGAUUAGUUCUAGAUCCUAGCUAGAUCUAUUUGAUAGAUCUUCUGUAGAUCUCUUGGUGAUUGCUUCCUACGUGUAAAUUAUCUAAAUUCAGUGGAUAUUUGUUUUUGUUGUUUGUUCUCAUGAUUUCAUAAGAUCUAGAAACCGACUGAUGGCCUCUGGGUCUAACAGCAUUGUCGAAGACUGGCUCCGGUCAGUGGAUUUAGUUCAAUACACCCAGUCAUUUCUGGAUAACGGAUACGACGAUCUGGAAGUGUGCAAGCAGAUAGGCGAAGAUGACCUGGAUGCUAUCGGUGUGCCCAGAGAUGAGCACCGCGAGAAGCUCCUGAGGGCCGUCAAGGUGCUGAGGGAGGAAGGCGGCACUGCAGUCUACUUCACUCUGGAAGAAUGCGACACUUGCCAGAGUGGGGAUGAGACUGAAGUCGGGGACCUCCACGACGACGACCCUUGCCUUUCCUCCGUCUGCGGCAACGGCGCCAGGCGCGGAAAAUCAUACGGCGCCGUGCGGCUGGAUGCCUACGACAUGGGCAAAACAACUUUGGUCACUUUCCCUAAAGUUCAGCUGAAGCUGAUACUCAGAGACAAACUCGUGGAAGAUAAUAUUGACCUUGCUGGACCACCUUUCACAACCUCGGAUCAAUCUGUGUGCGGAAGCAGCCUGACAGCCCUCGCUAUACGGUUCGCGGAGGAGUUGAAGACUCACUUCAUUGACGUCUUAGAGAGACUGGAAGAACUGUGGAUUGUAGCCAGGAAUAAUGAAAGCCUGUGCUCGCAACAGUCUUUGUGCAGGAGCCCAGCCAGGGGCGUAUACGGCGGCCCCCAAUCCAUUCACUACGGUUACCCGCCUCAGUAUUACCAACACAUAUACCCAUAUCCAGGAAGCCCGAGGAGCCAGCCACCCCCUCUGCCGUCAUGCCCUCCGCCACCAACGAUGUCCAGCAAUUGCAUGGACCGCUGCAGUAGCUUACAGUCACACCUGGACGGUGGUCACUUAAGACUUGACCCCACAGCUCACCAGAAUUAUGUGGCGUUGGACGGUGGUGUAUGUUGUAUAUUUCCUCGAAAAAUCAUCAGAGACUCCGGUGGAGCGCACGAAGACAAAAAGAAGAGCGGGUCAGUGUUUGGGCGAUUUCUUCGAAACAUCGGUUUCCGGCGGUCAAGCAGGAAGGGUACUUACAAGCAGCAUCAAGGUGACCUCAACGCCUACGAGAUAAGUAUGAGCGACGAGGACAGGAUGGCUCUCAUGAUUCUAGUCAAAGAAGGCAAGAUCAGUACACAGACAGCCUUAGCAGUGGUGCAAAAAUUUGAGGAGGAGAGACGAGCUGUUGUACGAGUUUCUGAAGAGGGCAAAGAAAAUGUGUUUAAUGAUACUCCCACUAAGAAAGUUGGUAAGAAAAAGAAGGGAGGCAAGCCAACCAAGUCCCAGUCUACUCUUUCUGCAGAUGACCCACAAAGAUGUGAUAUCUGCCCACCAAAGAGUCCUGCAGAUGACCACUUAGCCUGUGAUCAUCAGAUUUGCCGCCAGCGUCGUGUGCACAGUUUGGGUCAGUUAGAUGUCCCACACCUUCGGCUGCAGCAUGAGCCACAGCAUGAUCACCAGAUGGAGAGAGUGGCGCUGACCCGGGCAGUUUCCUGCACUCCAGCCUGUCCACAGAACCAGAAGAUGACCUAUGCUGUUGACCAAUCCUCACUAGUCAACAGGCUGCACAGCCCAGGACAUCCUCAUCAGUUACUGCAGCAGCAACCAUCACACCACCAUCACAACUUAAACAAAGUUGAAGCUCUCAGGGAGAGACUGACUGGGAAGACCAUCACUAUUGUGCCAAAGACUUCCUCCAAAACCUCUCUAUUGUCCUCUGGUUCUGACCAGUCCAUGGAGUGUGGCUCUCAGACUCCACUUAGAACUGACCCUAUGUCCAGACGUGGGGCAGACACUUACAACAGCAACUCAACAGUUUCAAUGAGCAGUGAUAAUAACAGUCCUGGACUCAGUAGAAAGAAGAGUGGACCAAUGCUUGACCCUCGAAUCAAAUCCCAUCGGAGUGCCAGCUGCAGUACAGGGGAUGAUGGGAUCUCUUCAGAGAAUGAUGACAAUGACAGUAAUUCCAAGAGACAGCAAGACACUGCAAAAGGAAAACAUCCAAGUGUCAAUAAAAAAUGCCCACGAACCAAAGAAGCAACUUUAUCAAAGCCACCUUUGUUAAGACAGCUAUCAGCGCCAGUUGGAGCAUCCAAUAGUCCUGGACCCUAUUUAGGUCAAGCUAAAGUAAUUGUGGACUACUCACCAUCAGUAGAUGAGGAGGAUUUUGUUGCUUUGAAAAAGGGUGAACUGGUAAACAUUAUCAACAUGGCACAGUCUGGCGUCUGGCUUGGUGUGGUCAACGGGAAGCGUGGCAAGUUCCGUUUCGAGCAUGUGGAAGUUGUGACAGAACCGGACAAGGCAUCCAUUUGUAGUCAGUUGCUGAGUGGACAAAAGGACAUUCCAAAAUCUGUUGAGGAUUUAUUGCAGAGAAUUGGUCUGGGGCAAUUGUCAAAUACUUUCCUUUUGAAUGGUUAUGAUGACCUCGAUAUAUUUUCUGAGCUGGAUGGCCAUGACCUAGACACACUGCACAUUACUGAGCAGGACCAUAGAACCAAACUUUUGUCUGCAGCCAGAGUUCUUGUUGAUUGGCAUGAACAAUGUGGUACCCAUACACCCACACUGACCAAUAUGGAUUCCCCUUCUUCAAGGGCUGGAAACUCUAGCUGUGACUCAGGUUGCUAUGCCAGUGGUGAGGGAACCAAACACCAUUCACGGCGCAGAGGUGAUGGAGGCCACAGGAAGCCUGAGGAGGACAACUGCAUUGCUCGUAAGGCCCACACUCCUUGCAGGUCUUGUGGCAAACCAAAGCAGCCUAAAAAAUAUAGCAUCCCUGCCAAUAAUACAGGCACAGGUCACUAUAUGCCAGGACAAUAUCCUUCACUUCAUUCCCCAUAUUCUCCUGGUCAUUUUCAGUAUGUUGGACAUCAGUUUGGGCCAUAUAAUCCUGGUUAUUAUGGGUAUCACACAAGUGGACAUGGUCAUCAUGGGCACCAUCAUCAACAAUAUGCAAUGUCAGGGUCACGUACAUUAACCGAGCUAAAUGCUAGUGAAAGUCCAAACUUUCCAGUCAAGCUAGAAACAUUCUCCAGUGCUAAACAGAACAGCAAUGUGGCUUCUCCAGUGCAGGGUUCUGUCAUGUAUGCUGAUAAAAAGCCUGCUAUUGGUGAGAGGGUGUCAUUGACAGAGGAAGAUAAAGAAGUCAUAUCGAUAACAUGUGGCAAUAAUCAAUCCAAAAAACUUUCAACACCAAUACAGACCUUAAACAGUGGAUCUUCUCAAUUAGACAUUACUAGUAACACUCAGUAUAGUGGCUGCAUACCUUUAACUGGGUGCCCACAGUGUGAUGAGAGUUUUAUAUGUGAAAGUGCUUCUUGCAUCCAAUGUGCCACAUACGCCUCAUGCCCACAGUGUUUUCCAUACAGACAUUAUGUAAAUACAACUAUGCGCUCUGACAGUAAGUCUUCCAAGAUGUCCUGCAGCUCCACCUGCACCCAGACCACUUGCCUCAGCCCUGACCAUGAUGACAGUAGCCACAGUGGAGGAUCCAAUCUUCUUGAUUACUCCCUCAACUCACCAUCAGGAUACUCUUUAUCUAAGGCAAGCCCCAACCGAGUGCAACCAUUUUACUAUUAUCAACAGCAGUACACUCAACCAGCCUUUGGUCAUGCUAUAGUUCACCUCACGGAAAGAGCCACUACUCCUUCCCAACUUCCUUCUGCUCCUGCUCCUAAAAGUCAGCCAACGCCGCCACCACUCACCUUGGCACUAGCAGAGCCUAACCUUACCCAGGGUGUGGCCUUGACACUUCAGACUGAACCUCAGCCUCCCCUCAUGACCCAGCCAGAUUGGUCAAGCCAAUCUGAGAGCACUGAAGCUCCAGGCAUAGCUACACUGUACAGUAGGGCAAGGAGCCAGACUCCAGAGAAAUCUGAGAAAAGUAGUGGUCAACUGAAAAGUCCAACAAGGUCCUUAAUGCCAUUGGUGUCCACCAAACUGAGUGCUGAGAGAAUAGACUUGACCCAAACACCUUACAGUACAACAAUUGGUCAUUGUGGCAUUCCCCCACUCUUAGUACAAAGGUAUUCAGAAGAGCUGCGUCAGGAUAUGGAGACUAUGUCCAUGGUGAUAGAACAGUUAAGAGAGUCUCAACUCAGGGCUCUUGGUAGACCUUGUAUACAGAAUGAAGCUCUGAGUGAGACCUGCAAACAGGCUUGUGACCUGCAGAUCUCCUCCGUCCAGAACUUUCUGAUCUCUAUUGGACUGCCAAUGUAUUUUAAACCACUGACUGACAACAGCGUCACUACCCUGGACCAGAUGCUGAAGCUGAAAGAUGGUGAGCUUGAGAAAAUAACUGGUGCUGACUCCAGACACCUGAAGAGGAUCUGCCAUGCCCUUGAAUGGGUGCAGCAUAAGCUCUCAUCCCCCAACCACAAGCCUCUUGUAGGGGGAGUAACAGACAAAGUUUAACAGCAGGGUUGGAUUGUCAGAAAUAGUUGAUAUUUAGGAGUUAUACAACUCUCUAUAGUCUUGUUUUAUUUUAUAACUUUCCUAGCUAUUUAUUAAUACUAAUUAUUAUAGAGCAUAGCUGGUUGUAGGGGUCAGGUUCCCUUGCUAAAUAUAUGUAAUGUCAGCUUAAUCAUGUUAUAACUAGGCUUUUACAUAUAGAGCCUGUAAAAACCUAGAGAGCUAAUAUCUUUUUUAUUUUUUUUUAUAAGUAAUAUAGCUUAUAGUUGUUGUUGUUGUUUUAAGAAUAGCUUAUAGUUGUUGUUGUUGUUUUAAGAAUAGCUUAUAGUUGUUGUUGUUGUUUUAAGAAUAGCUUAUAUAACCUGUUCACCAAUAAGAAAGAUGGUUGUGUUUCAAUGGGCUCAUUAGAUUAUUGUUCUUUUUUAUUCUUUUUUUAAAUUCUAUUAUUAGAAUAUAUAUUAGUUGUAAUUUUUUUUUUAUAAUAUACAUGCCAAAAAAUGUUGGUCUUUGUUGUUGUACUUUUCAUGCUUUUUAGUCAUCUUGAGAUUUUUUAUUUGAUAACUGGAAAACUGGAAAGUAAAAUAAGAUAUUUUAUCAAAGACAAAAAAAUUGUCUCAUGACAUUGUACUUAGUCUGGAUUAGCUACCUUGUUGUGCUAGUAACAUUACGCACCAUUAACCUUUUUUUUUAUCAGUCUUGGUGUUCAAGAUGCUUAGGUCUGUAAGCCUGCACCAAUGUUUGAGAAGAAAAGGUCUGUAAGCCUGCACCAAUGUUUGAGAAGAAAAGGUCUGUAAGCCUACACAAAUGUUGAGACUUAAAAGUCUUUCAAUCUGCCAAACUUAUGCUGUUAUUUUCUGGAACUAUUUAUACUCAUCAGUUUAAUUGUGCUCUUGUCCAGAUUCACACAAUCAUGGUCAAAAUUGCAAUGCUUUGUUUUUAAUUAUGGAAUAGUGGUUUUGUAUAUGUCAGUGCUACACAUUCGUCUUAUAGAUAGAAUUGAAUUAUAAUUGACUUAGUCACUAUCUAUUAGAUAAUGUACAUUUUAACCUUUAGGCCUAGGCAAACUGUCUGGUAUAUCAUCAUUUUGUCUUGAUAUGUUUGUAUAAACAUUUUAGGUCAAUCGUGUAUAAACUUCUGUCUUAGUAUUUCAUCAAAUGUAAUUCUGUCUAUGAAUAGUCCCUUUGGUCUCUUACCUAGAUGUUCCUGGAUUAAAAAGUAAAUUUAGUUCAUUCCUUAAGAGCAGAACUUGCUUAGUAGAUCACAGCUACAAAGUGAUAUCUAAAUGUUCAUUACCUUUUUUUUCUACAUAUAUAUUUUUUGUCACAAAUUUUAAAUUAGUUCAAAAAGUUGUUGUUUUUAUUAAACAUUAAGAACUUCUUGUCCAUUGUUCACAUUUCUUUGUUUCUUUCAAGAAAUGACCAAACUCUUUGAGUGAUUCUUAUUUCUUCUGGACUGUCAUGUUGUUUUCUCUUCUUGUAAGUUUCCUUUAUUUAUUCUGUACAUAGCUCAAUGUGAUCAUGUGCAAUAUGGACUAUCUCUCAGCAACAUGAAUGACCAAUAAGUCCAGACUAAACUGGACAUCACUUCUUUGUUGUCUUGAGUACACCUGUCUUGAGUACAUGGUGUAUUGUAAUGAAUGUCAAAUCUAUUUUGCUUAGGAUAAAAAAAAUAAUAUUCAUGUGAGUUUGUUUAAACUUUUGUCUCUUGUGCAUAAUUAUAACCUUGAACAUUAGUAGAUAUUGGACAACUUGAUAUGUAACUCAUAAUAAUUUUUUGUUACUUUUCCUUUAAACAUCCCCAUUAUAUGUCAUUCAUACCAAUAUUUACCUGAGUCCUAAUAUUUUUUUGUAUGUCCACAACAUUUCAUUUUUAUUUAUCCUGCAUUUUCAAAUACAGAUGUACUGAAGCAAUAUUCUCUAAUAACCAUAAGCUGUUGAGUGUUUUUGUUCUAUUACAAUUGGGAUGUAUGUUCCUCAAAGAAACUUGAAUGUGUCUGUGUGUUAAGUGCCAGAAGAUGGUGUUGCUUGUUCAAUUUAAAUGUUUUGUUUUGCUGUCAGUUGGUUUUUUCAAAAGUCAGUAUUUUACAUUUUAUCUUGAAAUCAUUUUGUUUUUGUCAUGUGUGUAUGGAGAAAGUUUGCUCUAGAAACAAAAAAAUUCUUUCAAAAUUCCACUCAAAGUUUUCAUUUGAGAAACUUCAUUUGUAAGAGAAUUCUAAACUGAAAAAAAAAAUCGGCCCCUGAAGUGGUCCACCCAGGCAGGUAAAAAGGCAGGUUUAAAUAUUAUCAGAAUGAAAUUCUAUCAAAGACAAAUGACAGAAAAUAAUGGAGAAAAAAAGGUUAACAGAUCUCGUGUGGUGCCCCAGCAGACCAAAGGAUAGGUGAAGUUAGAUGUGAACCUGACCUAACUGAUGUCUUAUAAUAAAUAUCUAAUUGAUCUAAUUGUUUUGUAAAGGGCAAUCUCUAUUCCUUAACAAUAAAACAUUUCGGUAAAAAAAAAAAUCCAAAAGAAAUACAUUUUUCUUUGGUUAGGUGUUCUAUAGUAAUCGCAGUACUGCAGUUCACCCAAUAAUAUUAAAAACACUUAUUAAUUGUUGUUUUACAUUAUGUCUGACUUAUAUGCAUACUAAAUAGAUUUUUUCUCAUUAAAAAAAUUAUAAACAUUCUUUUGUGUGUAAAUAUAGUACUUAGUAUAACAGAACUUACAUAAUUUAACAAUACAAAUAUAAAAUUUACAACCGUUUGCAUAAAUGUGUUAAAAAUAUGGUAAAUAGUCAUCUCCCAUAAUAAAGAGCCUCAAGUAUUUGUUACUAUUAAUAGUAAAAGUGGUGUAUUUUUAUGAAAAAACUGCUUGCAUAAGUGAUUUAAAAAAUUAGAUUUUUCUCUUUCAGAAAAGAAAAAGUAGCCAUUGCAUCAGAACUUUGGUCUAAAUAUUGUGAUGUCAGAUUUUCACUAUCUUUUCUAGUUUACGAGAUCUAAACGAGAUGGACAGACAAGCCACACAAAACUAAUGCCAUAUUUUUUCCUUUCGGGGGGCCGCUAAAAAAACAGAAAUCUUUAUUACUUUUAUGUGGGUAGUAGUUGAAAAGAUUGAUGUAUUAAUUUGCUUUAAGAUUUUAACUCUCAGUUAAGAAUUACUAUUUUUUAAGCUCGAUCCUCUAGAUCAUGAUAAUUGAAGUUAUUCUAAAUUCAAACUAGAAAAAGAAAAAGUUCAAAAAUAUUAAUUCUAUGAAUUAAUUGUUUAAUGUCCAUUUGUUCCCCUUAUAUAUAUGAUGCUUUUUUUUUUGUUUUUGUACAUUCUCAUUCCUUUUUAGUUAUUGAUAAAUUGCCUAGGUCAGUUUCCUUGGCUGGUAGAAGACCUUACAGACCAUCAGAUACUUCAGUAUUGUAGGGGAAAGGAAUGAGCUCAUUGCAAUUUCUUGGGCUCCAGUUUUCAUUUUCUUUUGAUGUACAGUUCCAGUGUGCUAUUGUGUUGUGAGUGACUGCUGUUGAAUCAAACUUGACUUAGUUUAAUGUUAGUCUAAUGACCAAGUAGAGCUGAUUGUCUUAGUGACAAGCUCAAUUGGGUUCUAGAGACAUGUCAGUCAGUGAUUUUAUGUACACAUUACAUUGUACAAGAAAACUUAGUGAUUGUUGAAAAGAUGGUAACAAAAAUUGUGUUUUCAUCUGAUGAACAUUAGAGUUCUUGUUGUCCACAUCUUUAUUUGUAUCAGUAGUAUUCAUUGUACGGAUUCAUUAGAAACUGUACAGUUUAAUAUGACAAGGCCUAGUCGCAUUGUUUGGUUUGACAUAAAACUUUUGACUCAUUAUUUUACCAAUACAAAUUUAGAAAUGGGAAAUAGAAAGAAAAGGCUUGUCAAACACAAGUAUUCUGCUAGAAGAUUUUGGGAAAAGGGGGGUGAGGGUGUGAAAUUCUACAAGUGUGUCCACAGUGAUGCUAGAAAAUGUUUCUGUUCAAAUUCCGAGAGCCUAUUUUCAAACUAAUGAUUCUAUAGAACUAGAGAGGGCCAAUGAUUUUGUAGCUUUUAUUUUUGUUUUCUUUCUCUUAGUUCUGAUGUGCCACAUCAACAUUGAUCUUAUGUUAAUCUUGAGUUGGACUCACAUAUGGUCAGUGUAUAUUCAUUGGGUUUGAAAUACAACCUUUCAAAAGAGAAUAAAAGAGAAAUAUUUAAAUACUUCAAA